UGUAGUGCUUGUCUAUACGUCGUGUCUUAUCUAUUAGCGGCACUUAGCAGUUGUUUUUUAUAUUAUUUUAUUUGGAAUAGUUGUUAAAAAAUACUUUUCCUGCAUUAAUUUUUUUUUCUCAAUUUAACAAAAAUUUAGCCCUUUUUCACUCGAAUUACUUCCUACUAAGGGAAAGUAGAAAAGAAAAUUAAAAAAAAAAAGAGUUUUUUUAUCCCUCUGGUCUUCUGUCUGGCUACAUGGAUUCCAGACCUUAGCUGGAAUCCCAAGUCCCAUCUUAUGUCAAUUAAAUCCCAUAAACCCGAGAUUCAAAAUCCCACCUUCACAAAAAUCUCAGAAAAAAUCUUUUUUUUUGUUGGGAAAAAACCCUCUUCUUUUUUCUUGUUUCACUGUAAUCCCUGUUAUCUUAUUGACUGUUCUCAACAGGAACACCUCAAUUAUUUCUUCUUCUAAGUCAUUCGGACAACCUUAAUUUGGACUCAUAGUUUUUAAGCAGUUACAAGCACUGUCUGAAAAAAAAAGAUCAGAUUUUUAUUUUACUGUUUGUUAUUUGUUUUCUGGGUAUUAUGCAUAGAUCUGGAGCAGCGAUGGCGUGGAACGUGUUCAAGUUUUGUACGGCUCUGAGGGGUCUGGGCUCGAUCAUGAUCCUGUUGGUUUUAGGGGUCGUAGGUGUCACAUACUACUCCGUUGUUUUGACCAAUUAUGGCCCAAUUUUGUACGACGGUGGUCUCCAUUCCCUUACUGCUGUUGUUGUCUUGAUCUUAUUUCAUUGUUUGUUGGUAAUGCUGUUAUGGAGUUACUUUACUGUUGUUUUGACUGAUCCGGGUAGUGUCCCACCUAACUGGACACCAGCUACGGAUGAGGAGAGAGGGGAGGCUGAUCCAUUGAAUGGUUCAGAGUUCAAUGGUUUGCGGCCAGACCCUUCAAAUCAAAGAAUUCGAUAUUGUCGGAAGUGCAACCAGCUGAAACCACCUCGCUGCCAUCAUUGUUCUGUUUGUGGGCGGUGUGUGCUAAAGAUGGACCAUCAUUGUGUGUGGGUUGUCAAUUGUGUUGGUGCCCUAAAUUACAAGUAUUUCCUUCUUUUCUUGUUUUACACAUUCCUCGAGACUAGUCUUGUUACUUUGGCCUUGUUGCCACAUUUCUUAGCAUUUUUUAGUGAUGAAGAAAUUCCUGGAACUCCUGGCACCCUUGCUACCACUUUCCUUGCCUUUGUUUUGAAUCUGGCAUUUGCAUUGAGUGUCUUGGGGUUUUUGAUCAUGCACAUAUCCUUGGUGGCUGCUAAUACCACAACCAUUGAGGCAUAUGAGAAGAAAACCACUCCAAAAUGGCCUUAUGACCUUGGUCGGAAGAAAAAUUUUGAACAGGUGUUUGGAACAGACAAACGAUACUGGCUCAUUCCAGCGUAUUCAGAUGAGGAUUUACGACGAAUGCCGGCACUUCAGGGUCUUGAAUAUCCAUCUAAGCCUGAUUUUGAUUCCCAGGAGUUCUAAAAAGUAAAAGCCUCCUCCACGCCAGGAAAUUUGGAUAAUUUUCUUGUAAUUAUAGAUACCGAACCCUCGCACGCUGCUCCCUUUGUAUUCUAACAGGCAUAUCACUCCGUGGCCAAUUUCGGCUUCUGACUCUUCAUUGCCACGGCCAUCUUUAUGUAGAAAUAAAAAGUAAAGGGAGAGAGACAGAGAGAAUAUCUGGGAAAGCAGCAUAUAGUUACGAAAAUGGUGGGGGGGCUGAUGGUCUGACAAUUAAAAUUUUAAUUUUAUGUAUUAUUUUCUAAUUAUAUUUUCUGAAGUCCGGGAACAGUAGGUUCAGGGUAUCGAAUGUACCAUUUCACGUUGUGAUGUUAAUUUAGUUCUUGUAGAUUUGUUGUACGUACUGAUUGGAAAUAUAGAGAAUGCAUUUGGAUCAACAUUUCUUUUCUGCGUAUCAUUCACAACUGGAAAAAUUAUGUGUUUAUGUCAUUAUUUUUUAAUUUUGUUUUUUUUUUAAUUG